GCCGGACGGGGCAGUGCCGAGCUGAGCCGCGCCGGGCCGAGCCGAGCCGCGAUGGAGGGUGCUGAGGCGGCCAGCCUGCUGGCGGAGCGCAGCCCGGGGCCGCUGGCCCAGUUCAAGACGUACCGGCGGCGGUGGUUCCUGCUGGCCGUCGUGUGCCUGCUGAACUGCUCCAACGCCAUGCUGUGGCUGACGUUUGCUCCUGUGGCUGAUAAGACAGCUGCCUACUUCCAGAUUUCCCUGGAGACGGUCAACUGGCUCUCGAUGGUGUACCUCCUCAUUUCAAUCCCAUUUGGUCUGGUGGCAACAUGGGUUCUCGACAGCGUGGGGCUCCGAUGUGCAGUGGUCCUGAGUGCAUGGCUGAACAUGGUUGGUAGCAUCACCCGGAUGUUCAGUGUUCUGAAGUUCCUCAGCUUGGGUUCCCAGAGUUACUGGUACCUGAUUAUUGGACAAUGCYUCUGUGCAUUAGCACAGCCUCUUAUCAUCUUUUCACCAACAAAGCUGGCAGCACUAUGGUUCCCAGACCACCAGAGAGCAACAGCAAAUAUGAUUGCAUCAAUGUCCAAUCCCUUGGGCAUUCUCAUAGCAAACGUGUUGUCACCUGCACUAGUUCCUGAAGGAAAACACAUUCCAUUGAUGCUGGGUAUUUAUGCUGCCCCAGCAGUAACAGCCUGUGCUCUAGCAACUCUGGGGAUUCGUGAGAAGGUCCCGCCAACACCUCCGUCAGCCAGUGCCACUAACUCCAACUCACAGCCAUUCUUCACGGGGCUCAAAAUGCUCCUGAGAAACAAGCCGUACAUCAUCCUAGCAGUGUGCUUUGGAGGAGGAAUUGGGAUGUUCACUUGCUUUUCAGCUCUGCUAGAACAGAUCCUUUGUGAAAAGGGAUAUUCAAAUGAUUUUGCUGGCCUGAAUGGUGCACUGUUCACAGUGUGUGGAUUGUUGGGUGCUUUCCUGCUAGGCAUGUAUGUCGACCGGACAAGGAAGUUCAUAGAGUCCACCAAGAUUAGUUUCUGUCUAAGUGCACUUGCCAGCAUCAUGUUCGCAGUGACUUCUCGGUUCAGAAAUCAGGCCAUUAUGUUGGCCACUGCCAGCUCGCUCUUUGGUUUCUUUGGUUUUGCUAUCUACCCCAUUGCCAUGGAGCUGGCUGUGGAGUGCUCCUACCCUGUAGGAGAGGGAACAUCUACAGGCCUGAUUUUUGUUGCAAGCCAGAUUGAAGGUGCGAUUUUGAUGAUUCUUCUACAAGCCCUCACUGUCCAUAUUUCUGAGGAUCCAUUCUCCACCUGUGCCCUUGACCAGGAUGGAGCCCUGGAUUGGACAACUCCGGUACUGGUACUGGCUGGCCUCUCCAGUGGUUUGGCUUGUUUCUAUGUCAUCUUCUUCCACACUGACUACAAGCGGCUCCAUGCUGAGACAUUCAAUGCUGAUUUGGUCAAGGCAGAAGAUAGAGCAACAGAAGAUGUUCCUGAAGCCUAAACAGGCCAAGAAGGAGAUGCCAAGGGCCAAGGACUGAGACUUGUGCACAUGGACUAAUCUUGGGAGCUGGUACACUGGAAUAUCUGUGCCCUGUUGCACAAGCAAGAACUAGAGGAUUGGGCACCUUUGUGUGCAUUCCUCAGUCUUGUGUUUAUUUGGGGAUCUGGGCUGUGAGAAAGGCUGUCCUGUCAGAAAGGUCAAAGUAGUUAUGGACAACUAUACACAUAACUGAAAUUUUUAGCUGACUUGAUUCAAGAUAAAGAAAUGUUGUUGUGGAGGAUAGCAUCAUAUUUCAGCCAUUUUUUUUAUUUUCAUGUACAUGGAUCAAGGGUGAAGGUUUCAAAAGGAUAGAAGUUGUGCCUACCACAAAUCCAGUGGAAAAUUUCUAUUUAAGGACAGGUUCUUGUACAGUGUAACAACUCCACUCAGGUUGGAGCUUAUUGUGCUUCUUAGCUAAAGGGCAGUAGAAGCUAGAGCAUCCUUCCAUUCCAACGGGGAUAUGUAAGUAUUUGAUCUGUGAUACAAGUCUGUUACAAUAAGCCACUUUGUCCUCUCCUACAAGAAAAGAAAAACCUUGCUUUUAAUGGUGCCUAUAAAAGAAAAUAUCAGUAAGCAGCAGAAGUUAAACACAGCAGCAUUUCUCACCCCUCUGGUUCCCUGCUGAAACAUUCAAGAUAAGCUUGUCUCGCUUGGGAUUCUGUUUCUCCACCUCUGUUGCAAUUUCAGUGGUUUUAAGUUUUCCACAAGAUGAACCUGCUGGUUUAAUAUUAGGCUAGUGUGAUGCUCUCCUAUAUAGGAGCACUGAGAGGGCAGCUCACUUUUUGAGCAAUGACACCAUGGUGCCUGGCAUGAUGGAAGCUGGCAGAAAAAACUGGCAAAGGUGACCACUUAGUGCCGGGACUUGUCAUAAAUUUCUGCAGGUGACAGGGGCUUUGAGGGGAAACCAUGUAAAAAACAACAUCAACUAACAAUUUCCAGUUCUUCCUGCAGCUGAUAUCUGUUCUUUAGUGUUAGAGGAGAUGGAAAGUGACACAAAAGAUCCCAUUUGAGGUUGAGUUACACCAACAAUUAUAAUGGGUGCAACUGGAUUUUUCACUUUACAGUACUUCCACGGUAGUGUGGUGUCCUGCUUUGAUACUCAGAACAACAACCUGAUAAUUUUUUUACUUGAUAACACUUGAGUGGUUAAAAAAAAUUAGAUAGUUGGUAUUUUGUGAUGCUUUGUAUCAUACAUAUUUCAAGGGAAUUUAAGUACCUGCUCAUUAAGGGACCUUGAUGCAAACUGGACCUGUGGCUAGCUUUAUCUAGUCCAUCUAGACGAUUACUUCAUUGCACUUUUCCUGAGGAACACUSUAUAAAGGAGCUCUCUCAGUGCCUGAAUUCUUUUCCCCAUUAAGCAGUUGGAAAGCUCUCCCAUUGUAAAACAUCUGUCUGCAUCUUUCUAGAGAGCCUGCUUGUUCCUACAGCUCCAGUCUUGCUCUCAUUAAUAAGCACUGAUAUUUGUCWAAAGGAGCAGGAAAGAAGUCUGAAACCAAAGUGAAACAAGAUUGUUUAAACCUGCCAGAGGAAUGAGAUUAGCUGUCUUUUGCCAAACUGGUCAGUUCUGCAACCCUGGAACUAACACACUAAACAGAUUAACACCAAAUUUACUUGCCACUUGUGAGUUUCACUGUACUGAGAAGCACUUGAUACUUUAUAAUUUUAUAUAUUUACAAAUGUUUAUGUUUUUUAAUAAAGGGUGGUUUUAAAAAAGAUCAACCUUUUCUCACUGUAUCAAUCUUUUAAAAAGUGUUUUAUAGAUGCAAGGGUGAAUCAGAUCUGCUAUGCAGCACAAAGCAAAGGCCCCUAUAUUUGCCAGAUGUCGUGAACUUGUUUUUAAGCUGACAAUUCGUAAAGUAUUAUCUCAGAUUCUUAAAAUGACCACAUGAAAUU